AAACCAGGAAUAGCCAAGCUUGCCAGUAGCUACAAUAAUCUGUGUCUGCAAAUUGUAGGCCUCAUAUGCAAGGGAAAAGCUCCUCAGGGGUCAAUAGCCCCACUCCUGAUCCCAAGGGACUCUUUGUUCAAACUGGAUGUGGAUGAUGAUAUUUGGCAGGAUAUUGGCCUUGGGGAUGAUUCAGAUGGGUUACUACCCCCAUGGUUAGCUGAUGAAAAAGUGUGCUCAGGGAUCAGAUCACUCCUUGAGCUGAGGUGUUGUCAAGAAGAG